AUGUCACAAGAUCAAUUACUAAAUCAUCUCUCAGACCCAAAUCAAGCUUUAAAAGCCAUUCGGGAUGCACCAGUUAACCGGCUUAUUGAGAACGAUCUCAAGGCGAUCGAUUUCUUGGUCAAGCGGAUCGGUUUGUUGAUAAUGAUGUACGGGCAAAUGCCCGAAGAGAUAUUCCAAUUGGUGUCAUCGCCGUCCAAGCGCUCUCUGUUCUCCGUUCAGCAGUCGAUCAAAGUGGACUACAUUGCAAUCAUCCGCUGGUAG